AAUCAUUCAGGAGACGUCCUGUCCUGAUCCUGGUACGCCGAUUUCAGUCGUCAAUCGACCCCAUUGGGAUCACUGUGUCGGUCGGUUUCGCGUUUUCAUCAAAACAUGACGAUAAACUGAAUGCGUGAGAUCGAUGUUUCAAGCUCUUGCAGCUUCAUGGACUGAAACUUGAACACUGACUAACGCAAAUUAGAACAGUGCCGUUUGCUAAUACAUGUGCGUUUAGUGACUAUUUUUCUCUAAUUUUAACAUUGUCCUAAAAUGCUUUAAAAUGGAUUUGACAUAGUAAGUGCACAGGAAAUCGCUGAGGCACAAGUCUCACAUUGAAGCAUGGCCAGCGAAAAGUGGUUUCUCUAUUAAAAGUUAUAUCAUAAAUUGUACUAGAAGUGUAAAAUAUGAAUUGAGAGUUAUUGCCAGUGGUUGAUUGUUUUCAUUUUGACUGUCUAGUUAGUUACAGUGACGAUAAUGUGGUGGGCUUCUAGUGUAUUGAUUUUCGGAUGUAUCCAGAUUAUCAAAGGAUAUCACCACACGACUCAACAGCCACCACGGAUUACAGAACAUCCUGUUGAUACGACUGUAGCUAGACACGAACCAGCUACCCUUAACUGUCAAGCACAAGGCGAACCAGAACCUUCCAUAGCAUGGUACAAAGAUGGUUCGCCACUACGCACAACGAAACAGGAUUCCCGAUCUCAUCGAGUGGUUCUGCCAGCUGGAAAUCUAUUUUUUCUCAAAGUUGUUCAGAGCCGAAAGGAGUCAGAUGCCGGAGUUUAUUGGUGUGAGGCUAGCAACGCCCUAGGAAAAGUGAGAAGUAGGAAUGCUACCUUAACAGUUGCAUUUAUUCGAGAUGAGUUUCGACUGGAACCUCAAAAUGGAAGAGUUGCAGCUGGCGAAGAUUUUAUCAUGGAAUGUUCUCCACCACGAGGCACCCCAGAGCCGCAGGUGUUUUGGAGAAAAGACGGACAAACUUUGGAGCUGGGAGCGAGAUUGAAACUGGUGGAUGGUAUGAACUUGGCUAUUACCGAUGCUAAACCAGCCGAUGACGGAAGGUAUCAAUGCGUGGCCAGAAAUACAGCAGGGCUUCGGGAAAGUUCUGUCGCUAUUUUAACAAUUUAUGUUAAACCAUUCAUGAUACGACCUCCAGAAGAUAUAACCGCUUUGGUUGGGACAGCUGUGGAUUUUCCGUGCUACGUUGGAGGUGACCCAACUCCAGACGUUCUAUGGCGUAGACAAGCUCCAGGUGGAACCAUGCCACUUGGUAGAGUGCGGGUACUUGAAAAUCGCACACUCCGCUUAGAAGACGUUACCCUCUUGGAUCAAGGAAGAUACACGUGUGACGUAGAUAAUUUUGCCGGCGUUCUAAGCGCAAGUGCUGUUCUAACAGUGCAUGCCCCGCCCACUUUCACCACGAGACCUUUGGCUCAAACAGUUGAGACUGGUCAGCAGGUGUCCUUUCAAUGCCAUGUAACUGGUAGUCCGAAGCCUUUGAUAUUUUGGUCUUUUGAAGGGGAUAGAUCAUUAAUUUAUCCGGGAUCUUCGGCAGGAAACUUUGAGGCUUUCACUUCAGUCGAUGGACAAUCUUCAUUGAUACUAAAAAAUGCGCAAGUGCAAAACUCUGGCACAGUUAUAAUUUGUUCAGCAGUUAAUGAAGCAGGCUCGAUUUCCACCAGAACUCGACUAACAGUGACUUCCAAAGAAGACAGGCCUCCGCCCGUAAUCAUUCGAGGUCCAAGUAAUCAAACUCUUCCAUUACACUCAGUAGCAUAUCUUAUUUGUGAAGCGAGUGGCACGCCAAAGCCUGUGAUAUCAUGGUAUAAGGAAAGUGUACCAGUUUCAUCUUCCAGUAGAAUAAAUAUGACGAACCCUGGACAAGUUGAACUAUACAAUCUAUCUAAAGAAGAUUCGGGAGCAUACACUUGUGUCGCCUCAUCAAGAGGAGGCAAGGCUACGUGGACUGGGCAUCUUCUAGUUGAUAAUCCCAAAAAUCCAAACAUUAACUUCUUCAAAGCACCUGAAGUUGUGAUGGUGCCAGGCCCACCAAGUCGACCUCAUGCGCUUAACCAAUCAGAAGGAAGUGUAACUAUCACGUGGGGGCAAAAUAACAAAAUCGGAUCGUCUAGUCUGUUGGGUUAUCAAGUGGAACUAUUUGGGAGAGAAGAAGGUGUAAUCCCAACCUGGACAAUAGUGGCUAAAAGAGUGCCAGGCCCUUCAUUCACACAACAUUUAUUAUCACCUGGGGUCCCGUACACAUUCUUGGUGAGAGCUGAAAACUCGCAUGGGAUUGGCCCCCCGUCGCCACUCUCCGAGCCAAUCAUUGUCGGUCCUGAUCUCGGACAAAAUUGGGGCAGUCCCGAUUCUGUUCUCAGUGAAGCUAGAGCAAGUUUAGUCACAACUAAUAUAAUUAAAUUGACAGAUGCUAUUCCCGUAUCGUCCACAGCAGUAAAAUUGGCUUGGGAAGUUACAGACUCAACAUAUGUUGAAGGAUUGUAUAUCUACUAUGUUUCCGUUAACGAACAGCCAGAAACUCCAAAGAGUUAUAGCAUGCUCACUGUACUACACACUGGAGCCUCAAGCAGUUUUACAGUAAACAGCUUAAGUAAAUGGACCCGAUAUGAGUUUUUCUUGAUACCCUUCUACAAAGCAAUUGAAGGCCAACCUUCCAAUUCCAGAACUGUUCGGACUUUAGAAGAUGUUCCACAUGAACCACCAAUCAACAUGGAGGCUCUUCUCCUCAAUUCAACAGCAGUAUGGCUGAAAUGGAAACCUCCCCCAUCAAUUCAUGGCGAAUUGGAAGGUUACAAGAUAGAAGUGAAGACCAACGGAUCGCUCACCCCAACUCUGAUUAAUGUUGGAACAGCGCCGACUUUUCUUCUGGGUAAUCUUACAUCAGGAGUAGUAUAUUAUAUAAAAGUAGCUGCUAGCACUCGCGCGGGAGUCGGACCGUUCAGUCCAGCUUCAACUUUAAGAUUGGAUCCUGCUUCCAGAGUUACCGACAACAGCUUACCGAGACCAAUAGGCCCAGGCAUGCAAUCCGAAAACUUUGUAACUGAAACAUGGUUUAUGGCACUUCUAAUAAGCAUGAUCUCAGUAAUGGUUGUUCUAUUUGCUGCCAUGUUUUUCGUACGUCGAAGGCAACUUCUAUCGAAAAAGGCGAUGACUCCAUCGAGAUCCAAUGGUGGCGUGCUUAGCACUCCGCUGGCUUCCAAGCAAGAAGCACCUUUAUGGUUGGACAAAGAAAUUCCUGAUUAUGCCGCUACUUACCCGGAAUAUUCUAAGCUAACGCCAAACCAGGAAUACGCUCAAAGAUCCGAAUACUCAAAUGGUAGUUUACCGCAAAGUAACGGCAAUCUUUUGAAUGGCAAUAUUAACCUUCACUCCAAUCCGUUGCAUUUUAAAGAACAAUAUGCUACAAGGCCUGAUAAAUUGGAAUACAGUUCAGAAAGUGGUUAUCCAGUAGGCAGGAAAUACAACGACUACAACUUACUGCAAGUUCAAGAAUAUGCAAGUCCAAAUGUAGGAAACGAUCGAGGCUCUCAAAUAGCGGAUUAUGCGGAAGUUGAUGCCAGCGUCGUCAAAAACAACGGUGGCGGAGCUUCUUCACCAGCUCCUUAUGCGACAACCACUCUGGUCACAGGUAGCAGAAGACUUCUAUGGAAUCCUCCAUCACUAUCAACAGACGAUGAGUCUCCCUAUCCAUCAUCAAAUGGCGGUUACUAUAACAGAAAAGUGUACUCGGAUUCGUACUUUGCCCCUACUCAUACAUUAAGGCGUAACAAAAAAGAUCACCACAGCCGUAAAAAUUCGCAAGACAGUAAUCCUCCCGAUAUUGUGUCCCCAAAUAACAGUAUGGGUCAGCCAGUUUACGCACGAGUUGGACCUCCAGCUUUAUCCUGGAGAAAUGGAUCUCCAGCACUAACCACCUUUACCCCGACAGCCAAUAGGCAUGUUUAUCAUGGAUCUUCUAGAAGCGAACCUGGAAGUAUGUUGUAAAGUUCUUACUGGACUCUUAUUAUGAAAGUGUGAUCUUUCCAUUGGUCCGCCAUACAACCCAUCAACUAACGGUAUACGUAAACUAAGACGAAUCGAAAAAAUCGAAUCAAAUUAACUGAAGCCGUCGAAAUACAAAAUGAGGCCUUGCCAAGUUUAGUUGGAAGCAAUUUGCACAGGAGCUUGACAUCAAUAUAAAGUCCAUAGGUCUAGAAGAUUUAAACAAAAAGACUGCAAUGCAGAUGAAAAAGAUGUCUGCUAAAGCUAAAAAAAUUGCCCAGCAUAAUUUAAAUAACAUAGAACAUCUAAGCAGAGUUCAUUGUUUUCCAUUAGUUUUAAGCGCAUUGGCUGCAGUCGACUACUUUUUCGUAGGUUUAGCUAAAUCAACGAAUGCUGAUCUAAAGUAAAUGUUUCAGAAACUUACACUGCCGACUAUUUUCCACCUAUCUUGUUUUAACAUUCACUGCCUAAGCCUAAUUUUUGAGGUCUCAAAUUUUUUCAUUCCUUUGUAAAAAGUAGGAGAACGCACAACCGCCCCUACCCACAACUCAAUUUCCAUAAGGAGAUUUGUAGGUGCUAAGGUACUGAUGCUAAUUUUCACAUCAAAUGUUUUAAGUGUGCUUUUGGCACCAAAACUGAACUCUUCAGAAUUGUUUCCCAAAAGCCAAAAAAAAUCAAUUAAAUAUUGCUCGUAUAAUUGUUGGUACGCGCUACAUGAGCCACAAACUAUAAGAAGUCUUUCGUUAUUUAUUUUUUAGAUCACCGGUUUCAAAUACUCUCCGGUUUUUACCCCAAUUUUGCAGCAAAUUCAAAAUACGUAUAAAUGAUUUUAUUUCAUAGAAAUGUCACUUUAUGUAUUGCUCCCUUUUUAUGCUCUAAUAGCAAGUCAAAUAACGGCCAACUUCCAUUCGAUUUAAAUUCAGCCGAAUCGACAUGAUAUAUGUUCAGACUGUGCACCAAAUUAAAAAAGUAUAUGGUUGACAUGUAUUUUCAACUUUUUUGUUUCCGAUCUGAAAAAUGUAUUUGCAUACGAUUUCCCGAAUAUUUUACCAAGUAUUUAUAAUUAUACACGGUUGACUGCUCGCAUAAAUCGAAACAGUGAAAGGAAAUCGAAAAUUUAAUACGAAAGAGGUCAUAACAGAUAUCUUGCAACAAAUGCAAAUCAAUUGAGCCCAUCUUCAAGUCAACUUUAAAUAUAUUGAGGUAGUGUUAAGGAAUAUGUUCACAUAAAUUAGGCUGAAGGUUUUUUAGGCGUUUUACAAUCAGGUGAAACGACAUUCAUAGAAAAUGUUUUUGGAUUAAUCGAAAAUAUCAUGAACAACAGAAAUGUUAAUGCUCUUAUUUCCGUACAUCAAAAAAUUAAUAUUUGAUUUAUUUGUAUAUGAGCAACUCAUUUUUGAAAAAAUGUAGUUUCUGUAAAAAUUAAAUGUUAUUAUUACUACGUAAGGCGUUUAAGUGAAGAUCUUUGUGUAAAUAUCUUUAAUUCUGUUGAAAAUCUGCAGGCAGAAAUAAAAUAGUUUACAUUUCCAUUAUGCAGAAGUAGAUAUGCUAUGAAUAAAAUGAAACUUACAAAGAAUCGCAAUGAAGAUUCACCUUUCAGUGGUAAAAGUUGCAGCAAGGAGAGCAGCAGCAACAACGGUAAAUUUGUCUCCCGCUGAUUUAAAUCCAUGCAUGAUCGACUGAAGUUUUAUUAUUUGUUUUUUUGACCGGCGGCUGUUGAAUAAAAAUCUUCACGAAGGCACUCAAUGAUCAGACAGAUCAAGUUGUGCUGGAUUUCUACCAACUGAAAAUGCUAAAUUUUGUCCGUAGGUUUCCAGUUUUUUUUCGACCGUUUAAGUUUCGUCAAUAUAAAAAAAUGGGAAAAAUAAUUGAUUUCCUUGUGAUACCGUCUGAACACAUUUGCAAAAUUUAAUUCGCACAAAAGCUCAAAAGCCUUAACGGAACAUGAUGGAUAAAAAAAUGUGCCCUUUUAAAAAGCUUUUACAUAUUUGUGACUGUAUUGAAUAUGCAUAAAAAAACUAAUGUUUUUUUUCAAAUGAAAAAAAUUCCGAUACAAAAUCUCGUUCGUAUAUGUAUAGGGAUUAGAAUCAAAGUAUUUAUUUUAUAUUUUUUUCUAAAUUGGUUAAAUUUUCGUAUUUUUACCAGUGGGAUCUGGCUAGUAAUGCAUCCAUAAUUUUCUCGCAGAUCAGAAGAAACAAAUAUUGUUAAAUCGAAUGUUCCAAAUUAUAACAAUAUUCAUUUGAACCUGUAUAUUUUUAUCUAGAAAUUAAAAUGUUGCGACAAUUGAAAACAAACAUUGAAAAAACUGCGCAGCUCGCCCCAAUUCUUGUUAUGCUACAAACGUAGGACCGUGAAACAAUAUAGAAAACUUGUAGUAAAAAAAACCGAAGGAAAAGUAGAAAGAAAAUUUCUCGGUGAUAAGAAAACUGAUCAGAUCAGUAAUAACUCCAAAAACGGUGGAAAAUUUUAGAUAGCAAUUUGUGUCAGUAACCAGCAGUUUCAACGUAUGUAAUCAAGUCCUUUCGAAUAGUUGUUGGUCAUCCAGUGCGUGAUUGCUUUACCAUUAUAGUUUACAAUUUAUGUAAAAUACGCCAGCAAGGUUUUACGUUAAGGCCUUAUCUUCAUUAAUUUCACGAUCGGAAGCGAAAAUAAUUGUUGAAAAGAAAAAUAAAUACCUAUACAUAUUUUAUUUUCAAACCCAGAACAAGAAGUUGUUCGGGUGCCGACCUAUAGUUCAAUUUGCAGAGCAGGUCGUGUGUAGGGGCUUUAAACCAAACUCAAAGAUUUUCACAAGUACAUACUUCAAACACCCAAUGUAAAAUACAAACUGAUCCUGCACAUUAGUAGGUGUAAGUUAUUAUUAAAAAUUGUUAUAUCGCAAUUAUAGGAAACUGGUACCCAGAUUUAACGAUGCAAGUCAGAAAAUGUGCAUAGAUUAGUCGAAAUGAGAUUAAAAAUGUAUAUUGACCUAGAACAAUACAUCUCACCUUGCCACAAUGAACAUAAUAUCUGAAUUGCAUAUUUCGAUUGUACAUACAUAUGUAUUAGUUUUACAAAACAUUGUGAUACCUAAAACAACACUGUAGCUCUUUCAAGUACAUAUUGAAGCAGUAGCAGACAAAAUAAAAAGAAGCAAUGUACUUCAUUUGAGUCUCAUAGAUGUUUGAGUACUACACAUGUUAAUAAAGAGGGAAUCCCUAAUUACUGAGACAUGUAGUUCUAAGGCCUACUAAUAUAAAAACUCACUAACGAAACGUUAGUUUAAAUUUAAGUCAGUAAUCUUCCUGUAAUGGCUAUGAAGCUUUAAAAGGUUAUUUCCGAAUAUUUAAUAAACGGUUAAAACAGAACCGUUUCCUUAACAAUUAAACACAUCGGCGUUUAAUCAUUUUUAAUACAGGGUGUCCCGAAAUUGUUGGUCGACAAUCAUAGCGCGGAGAGAAAACCUGAAAAUAAAGCCAGUACUUCAUAUAAUAAAUUUUCCGAUCUGGCUUGUUGUUAGGAUUGUUACUUUUUAUUUACCUUAGUUAAGAAUAGGUUCAAUUCUAAGGUUCGAUUUUAUUUUCACAUACGUAUUACUUUUAAAAGUAUUAUUUGUAUCACUACAAAUUACAAAAAGUGUUUUAUCUCAAAAGCCGUAAUAGAUAUAGAGAAAAACAAGGUAUACUUUUUCUGGCGCAAAAAAGGGUUUAUCUGGUUGAUCAUAUCCCCAAAUUUGGGAACCCCGUUAAAUUUGGACUCAUUUCAAAAGUAAAUUUUGACCGUACCUGUACAAUAACAAAAUUUCGGAUAAAUUUACAAUUCAAAAAGACGAGUAUCUAUGAACUACUUUUGCUACAAAAAUUGCACGAAUGGCUAAUAUACGGUGCAAUAAUUAAGAAUAAAUUUCAACUUUUCACUUUGAAGGCCCAUAAUUCCAUAAGAUAGCCAGAUUGGACUUUUUAAAAUAUUUUCAGGUCUUCUGUUGGCCCUAUUAUCGUUGACCAACAAUUUCGGGGCACCCUGUAUACUUACCAGAUGAAAAAUAAUAAUUUAAUAAUAAUAAAAGUUUGCAGCUACGCACGCAGUAAAUAUUUAACAUCUUUUUAUCCCUAAAAUUUUCCAGGGCAAUCUUAGAAGCGAUCAUUAAAUGAAUAAUUUUAAUGUAAAUAAAUUCCAAAAACUGAAAACUAACUACAAUCUGUUUGAAAGGCAACUUGCAAUCAUGUGAAGUGGCUCAUAUAGAUCACAGUUGAAAAUACCCAUGUAUAUGUACAUUAUAUAGAUUAUACAUAGUGUUAACUCUAGUAAGACGCUAGGUUAAACUAAAUCUCAUAGUACUUAUUAUGAUGCUACGAUCUGAAUACCCUCUAAUUUUAAAGCGAUUUGCAUGGCAUUAGCAAUAGUUUUUAAGGAUCGCAAGCAAAAGAAGUAGUUUUUAUUCAGUUAUCAAAUUUUCAUUUCAAAUUACUUCUCUGAUCUUCAAGUUCAAUCAACAACCUUUAGUUGGACAAUAAGCAACAACAGCUGCCUAUCGGAAAAUGUUACACUUUUUAGAAAACUCCUGCGACUUAUAAAUUAAUGAACUUGCUGGAUAUCGUAAACUUAGGUCAAUACGCAUCACUUUUUGCAACAAAUAGUUCUACAUAUCCGUGAUUUUAUUGUAUAUAAUUUUCUCAACAAGAUUAUUGAGAGUACAGAAAUUGAUAAUCAAUUAGACCGAUCAGAAUUAAUUUAUUUGCAAAAGUGUUUUGCAAGUGAAAAAAGUUAUAAUAAUUAAUAAACCGCUACUUAUUGACCAAUGAAAAUGAAGUUUCUAAAGUAAAAACGUGUUUAGUUUUAGCCUAAACGUUAGAUCGUUUCAAUUCAAUUUACGUAUAUGUAGUUAUCUAAUAUAACGACAGAGGCAAUUAAAACUUUUAAAACUGACUGAUAUUUUCCAUUGUUUGAACAGUUCUGAAACUAAAACAAUUAACUUCAGAAUAUAAUAAAUAAGUUUUAAAAUAACGACUGCGUUAAACCAGACAAAUGCUCAAAAAGUUAAGGUUUUCCGAGAGGCAUUUCUUGAGUGAAUAUUUUUAAAAUUUAAUCCAAUUUUUUAAUUUAAACUUAGGAACAGCGGUCUUAUGCAAAUUGAUUUCAAACUAUCUAUCACACACAUAGCAGUCGGACAUACUUACUAUGUUGAUGUGAGUUUCACCGGUUUCCUAGUCUGACUGAACAAAGAUUUUGAAAAUUUCAAGUGCCAGUAAAUUAGUAAAUAUUAACUUCUAUAGCGCUCCUAUAUAUUAUAUUGUCACAUAUAACUAUUGAGCAGUUCAAACAAAACCAAAUGUGUGAGACCCAGUGUGAGAGCCAUAUAGAUUGAAAAUAGGAAACCAACUCUAGAGAAGACAUCCAAAGCAAAGCAACAACAACUUACUGCAAAGUAUUUCGAAACCAGAAUCCAUGCAAUUUAUUGAAUCUACUUGUAAUCGACGCAGCCUAUCAUGUAAAAGAUUUGUUUAUAUGAAGAAGUGGUAGGUAGUUUUCAAUAAUGAUAAACAAAAUGAAUAUGUUUUUACUAUUACUUAAACAGGACGUAAGCUAGUAUUAAAACCUACGAUCUACAAGCAAUAAUAGAUACUUGGAACGUAUACGUAAUUGUUACUAAAAGUAAUUAGCAUAAAUUAUUCGCAUAAAAUGUUCAUUCGUAUUUAACUAUAGGGAUGGUUAGAUGGGUUUAAAUAGUGGGGAUGCCAAUGAGUUUUGUAGGGCAAGCCAGUUCAUUCUGAAUCCGAGUUCUAUGUAAUUAUGUGCAAAACGUUAAAAGACAAAUUUCAACUUUCCGAAGAAAAUGAACUAAAAUGAAAAUACAUUCAUAUUACACAUUGGGUAAACUGAGCUAGGCAUGGGUGGUAAGAGUGAAAUUUCAGAAGUUGGUGCAGUGAUACCGAAAGAGUUUGGUGCGCCAACCCAACGCACCGGCACAGUAACUCACUGGUGCAGUUGCGUUGCAGUCGCCCAUUUGGUAAAACGCAUAAAGAAUGUGGCAAAUCGCAAUCGCAAAUCUUUAAUCAGCCCAUGGGUUAAAUACUAGGCGUAAUUCAAAGUGUGGCACAGUGAGACGCGAUGAGUUAUAAAGAAAAACUCAGAAACCAAAAAUGCUCUACAAGUUCAGGGUCGUGCGUUCAGUAAAGAAAAGUGCUAAAUGUCGUCAACAUUUUCUUCAAACCUUCAAAAUUUCAUUCAAAUCACCUGAAAUCCUGAAUUUUGCGCGCUUCUUAAAUGUUGAUUUGAAAAUGGAUCUUAAAGAUCCAAUCAGCAGUUCGACGAAGUUUUAGUUACAGCUUCUUUUGCUUUAAUAGAAAAACGGUGAAACAUACUGGGUUCGAUUGCUGCAGGUGAUUCUGCAAAUAUUUAAAUUCCAAGUAUUAUACCAUGCGGAAAUGUUUUUUAAAGCUUGAAAGCCCUAAAAUGUAAUAUUAUGUAUAUUAAUAUGUAACUAUGUAAUUGAAUAUUAAAGCUGUGUUGUACGAUAAAUUUCUAAGAAACUUAGUGUUAAGAUAGAAUUAAGUAGAUUUAGAUGAAGACUGAUAUUUUAAAUGCUGAAAGUUUAAUGAUUAAAAUACAAUCUCACUUAAAAACGACUUUGAAGCUAAAACAUUUCCUAAUAGCUUAAUUAAUUAAAUAGCCUAAAGGUUUUAAGUACCUAUAUUUUAUUCUUGUAUAUUAAAGAUACAUGUAAGUAUUAGUUUGAGUUAGAUCUUGAUAAAGUUAAAAAUGUAAAUUUGAACUUUCCGGUGUUUAAUUUUCUUCUGUAUGUAUGUUUACUUUACUUCCAAACUAAUCCCUUAGUCUAGUCGACAUAUUUAGUUAGUAGAUUAUAUCCAAAAAGUGAUAUUCCCGCAGUAGGUUUGAUAUUCUAAUUAUAGCCAAUGUAACAUAUAACAUAUCACCUAUUAUGUUUGUACAUACAUUUUCAUUUUUUGUUUUUAUAUAAUUCGCUUUUCUCCUAAAAUAAUAGUCCCUCCUUAGCAUAUAAACAAAAGAGUUAGCGAAUGUACAGUGAUUUUAAGGAUUGAAAUUAUUUCAAAACGCGUUUGAAUUAGGUCUUUGACUGCUCAAACGCCACUUGGUUUCUCAAGACUUCUUUCUCUAUGUGUUUACAACGUAAAAAUAUUUCGAUGCCAGUAGAUAGUUUUUGAGUUAAUCCUACUUUAAUCCGCUUUAGUCUUCCCUUAAAAUUUCCAUAGAACGUACUUUUUAGCAAUUUUAGCAAGUACCUACUACUCAUGUUGUGCUCAUAUUUUUAUAUUAUGUGCCAUCGAUUAUCUUAUACAAUGUAUGUACAGUAUUUAACAAUAAAUAAGGUUUAUAAAUGA